CGGGAGGGUCCUUUUUGGAAGGGGAUAGAACGAGUAAAAUGGGAGUCGAAAUAGAAACAAUAACCCCAGGCGAUGGAAGGACUUUCCCCAAAAAGGGACAGACUUGUGUGGUGCAUUAUGUUGGUUCCCUGACAGACGGCCGAAAGUUCGACUCUUCCCGCGACCGCGACAAGCCGUUCAAGUUCAAGAUUGGGAAACAGGAAGUGAUCCGUGGCUGGGAGGAAGGAGUCGUGCAGAUGAGUGUUGGCCAGAGAGCGAAGCUGACCUGCUCUCCUGACUACGCUUAUGGUAAUAAAGGUCACCCUGGGAUUAUCCCACCCAAUGCCACCCUCAUCUUUGAUGUGGAGCUCCUCAGCCUUGAGUGAAGAAGCCUUUCCUCUGCCUGUUUUUCAAUGUUUUUUUUCUUUUUUUUUUGCCUCCUACCAUGAAAAUGUGGAGAGAAGUUAAGAGAGUCUGCACUUGAUUCCACAUGAGUUUAAUGUUAAAACUCUCUUUCGUUUUCAUUAUAUUUUCUAUGUGUUCUUGCUUGUGCCAUUUCUUUUUGUAUAUUUACACUCCCAACAUUCUUCCAAUGAAUUAUAUGGGCCAUAACCUAACAAACUUUGUGAUUUUUUUAACCCUUAUUGCUUAAAUUAUUUUGCCAUGAUGCAUUGUGCAUGAUAAAACAACAACAUACCAAUGAAUCAUUUAGCAAUGAUCAUUUAUAUAGUUACUCAUGUGUAACUGUGUUUAUAUUCACUGUAUUUAUUGGUGAUGUGCUUGAGACCAAGUGUUAAUGUGACUGAAGAUUGAAGUUAAUGAAAAGCACGUGUUACCUCUAGUUCUCCAGGCACUUAAUAGCAGAACAACCUAAAUUUUUGUGGGUUUCUCAGCAUUAGCUUUUUAUGUUGUGCACAAAAAACAAUUGCAAAACAGGAUCAUUGGAAGCAGCGAUGAUUUGAGAAGCGGAGACUCAUUUGUACAAUAACUGGUUUCUCAGAUCUCAUGAUGCACUGAUACACAGCCCUACAUUGAUCAGCUGGGUUUCAUAUGAGGGACUUUGAGGUAGUUUAAAGUAUGGUAGUAAUAAUCAACCUUAAUCCUUGUGCCUACUUGUAUUUUUGACACCCAAGCACCACCUGCCUAGUGUUUUGGCGAACUGAGUCGAGCUACAGGAAGUCUCCAUAAUGUCACGACAAAAGUGGUUUGCAAUAUAAAAAUGGUCUUGAAGAAUGAUUGCUCUUCAGAUGCUUUGAUAGAAAAAUUUGUAUCAAGUUUGCAUGUUUAAUUAUGCCAAUUUGUUAGAAAACACUAAAAUAUAAUUUAGCAGACUUGGUAUUAAACAACUUAUGUGGGUAUUUUGAGUAAAAUGUCACAGAUUUUUUUUUCCUUUGCUCUGUUUUAGCAAUACUACACAUGUUGUACUAAUAAUCUCUUUUUGUACACCGAUACAUUUGGCAUGGCACUUGUUUGCAUGCCAUACAUAAAAAUGCUUGUACUUGUAUUGACUUCUGAAUUUAUAUUUCAUUUUAUCCUCUUACCAAAUCAACCUCUAAUUUGUAUUCUUCCCACAAAACCUUUGACAUGCUACAAAACGUAAGAGAUGGGCACUGGAUGUGCAUAUCGAAUUUGGAGUUUCAAGUUUUGUCAGAAAAUUCUUGAAAAACUAGAUCAGAAAGAGUUGAGGAACCGAGUAAACUGUAAUUUCUCCUGUCAAUUAUUUUCUUCAAAAAACUUGCCAUGAUAAAUAUUUUUCAGACGCCAACUUUCUAAACAAAGACUUACUUAACUAAUUUUAGAGCUAUAAUUGUAAAUUAUUUUGCAAUCUGUCAGUGUUAAUGUUUCUGAGGACAACACUGUGUGGAUAAGUCAGGUUUUAGUGGCUGGAGUAACAGAAAAAGUAGUGUGUUUUGUAAGGAGAUAGAAAAUGAAGGUGUAGUGGAAAAAAGAUGCUUGAAUUUGCUACUGUAAAAGAUUAAGCUAUGAUGGUCUGUGGCUUUAAGGGUCCUUUACUACACUGUAUAUUUGUGUGCUGAAUAUCAUGUGCAGACAAAACCAAUGAUAUCAAAAUGUGCUGUUGCAAUAAAG